UUCCUUUUCUCUCACUUUUCUUCUCUUCAUCAUCUGCUAUGUUACUCAUCAACAUUUGAGAAUGAAUCAUACAUCACAUCACAUUUUCCAUAGUCAGAUGACAUUAAUCUCGUCAAAUUGACAAACGAAAGAAAAGUUAUUGUUUAUUAUUUAUUUUUUAUUCUGUUUGUAGUUAAUCAUCAUAUCCUUUUAAUUAUCAUUAACAUGGUUCCUUGUGGUACACUAAUCUUACCUUAUCUUUACCUUGGUGAUCAAUCCGAUGCCUCAGAUCCUGAGAGAUUAAAAUGUCACAAUAUUUAUUAUGUGCUCAAUGUUACGGCCGAUCUACCGGGCGAAGGUGAAAACCAUUCCAUUCAUUAUAAGAGAAUACCUGCUCGAGACUCUUUCGACCAGAACUUAGUCCAGUAUUUCGAAGAAUCUUUCAAAUUUAUCGAGGAAGCUCGACAAUCAGGACGUGCUGUUUUAAUCCAUUGUCAUGCUGGCAUAUCAAGAUCUCCAACUAUCGUCAUUGCUUAUCUCAUGUUCAGUAAAAAAAUGAAUUUCGAUGAUGCGUUCAAAUUUGUUGCCGAUAAACGACCAAAAAUCUCACCAAAUUUCAGUUUUGUUGGUCAACUUUGUGAAUAUGAAAAAACGCAAUUAAGACCUGCAACUACAAUUACAUUAAUUCCGCCAUCGUCAACAGCAACAACACCAUCACCACCACCACCAGUACCAUUCAAAGCUCCUGGAGUCCCUUUUGUGCCUGCUUUAGCCAUCGUAAUUAACAUUUACCUGAUCUUUAGGCUCUCAAUAUUGACAUUAGUUAGAUUUUCAAUUUGGAUGACUAUAGAUUUCAUCAUGAUUUUUGGUUAUGGUAUUAAAAACAGCUCACUGGAAAAGGAUCCUUACCCCAGGAAGUUGGUGGUAACAACAAUUCAAAAGCUAAAAUAAAUCAAAAAAAUGGAAAUGAUUUAAAUUGUGUUGGUAAUCAACAGAUUGAGUUAACAAUACCAAAGGAUAGGCUGAAAGUAGCCACAAAUUAUCAACCAUCAAAUCAACAAAUUGAGUUGACAAUACCAAAGGAUAGGCUGAGAGUGACAACUAAUUACCAAUCAUCUAAUCAACAUAUUGAGUUAACUAUACCAAAGGAUAGGCUGAAAGUGGCAACAAAUUAUCAAUCAUCAAAUAAACCAUCAAAUCAACAAUUUAUCAACAAGUCAAAUAAAACUAAAUUAAAUGGUGGAUCUGAUAUUCCUAAAUCUAAAUGGAAAACAUUUGAUUGAGAGAUUUUUUUUUUGUAAUUAAGUUGACAUAUUCCAAAUAAUUUUGAUCCUAUUUUUGAAUUUUAAUCGAGUAAUAAACUAAUCCAAUUCCAUGGCA